AUGGAAACCGUCGGACCAAACACUCGAUUGAAGAUGCUGCUGCUGCUAAUGUGGGUGCUACUUUGGGGACCUUCAGCUUUUGGAUCGCCUUUGGAAAUUCAACUUCUGGAUAUGAUGCUGCGGGAGGCUGAGGGUUAUCCCAGCAAUGGUAGAAGUCAGAGGGAUAUAGACGUGUUGCCAGCUGCCUCCAUUGGUUGCGAUGAAAGUAGCUCCCAGGAGGAAUUUAGCAACCUAUUUGAUGAUUAUGAGGAGAGCAAAGAAGAGUGCCUGGAGUUUCUACCUCCCUGUGAACCAUCUUUUCAGGAUGGACUGCCCAUCGAUCAUCCAUGUUUCGUUAAAUUACUCCUACUAAGAACUCCGCUGCUGAAGCAGGAUCCUUGUGCCAAUUUCUCUUUAAUAGCUGAAAACCCAAUCACCACCACAGUGAAACCUAAAAGCAAGAAAUGCAACCCAAGGCGUAAAGCUAAGAAGAGUGGGAAAGAAAAUGUGUUGCUGGGAUUACCCAAUAAUCGGACACUGGAUUCCACCACAAAUGCUCCCAUCAUCUCAACAACAACAACAGCAGAACCGAAUUCUAAAAUUAUUAACAUAAGAAAAUUAGUUCCAAGGGUCAAACCCAAUACCACCAGUACAACAACAAGCACAACAACCACUUUGGAAACUACAACUGUAGAGGAAACUACAACACCACAGGAAGAAACCACUGAAGCCCCACCAGAAACCACCACUGAGCUGGAAACCACCACAACACCACCUAGCACCACCUCAACAACUACCACAACCCAACCCCCUUUCACCGCCAACCAAUUAAAACGUUUGAAGACCUUUAGGGAAAGACAAAAGAGUUCCAGGAGAAAGUCUCCCAAUGUGCCCGAUCCCCCGCAGAUCAAGCUAGAUAAUGUCAGCCAACCCAGCGAGGUCAUCCAGGUCAUAAUGACCACCGAAGCUGCCGAACUGAAACUUAAACCGGAAGUUAACACCACCACUACGGUCGUGCCUACAACGACUGUUUCUACCACCACUUCCAAGCCGGAAACCACAACCGUGGAGAGCUGCGAAGAUGAAGUGGAAGCUACCAAGGUGCCGGAAAACUCAGGAUGUGAAGAUGACGAGGCUUCCGAUCAGUCUGAAAAUAAAGUUACUAACACCACAGAAGAACCCUGUGAGGACACCGAUGAGCAGGAUACCAAUCUGUGUCCCCAGUUUAUGCCAACACAAGGAGCUGAACGACCAAGACCCCCUCCACCAUAUCGUUUCCGCAAGCCCGUGAAAAAUUAUGUGGAACCCAUUCUGUAUGAGGGUAACUUCGCAAAGCCACUUCAGCGAAUGCCUCCAAUGGGACCCCAGCAAAGGGACUACUUUGUGACCAACAAACAGAUAGUUCCCAAACCAAGACCCAAGUACAGGAAACGCAUUCCUCCCUCUAUCUAUAUGAACAACAUUGUAAGGGGCCUGGACUGCAGUGAUGAAGUGAGUCAGCAACCUUCACGGACUCCCAAUCAGCCACAAAUGAGUUGGGAUGUAAUUCCUGCAGGUUUGAUUCCGCGUUUGAUGAGACCUGAGAGAAAAAUGAGAAGUUUCGCACCAACUCCUAUAAGGAGAAAUCCUUCGUAUCCAAGAAGCUCAGAGGAAAUGAUGGAAAGGCAAUACCAGAGGGAAAGGCAUCUUGACCCGAGACCACAAUAUCACCAUUUUCCCGAGGAUGAAGUACUCCAAGAGGAAAGGUCAAUGCCACCGGCCACCCCCACACCGAGCUUGGAUCCCUGCCAGCAGGAGCACGAUCACAUACUCUACAGUCAGCGACCACAUCGCCAGCAAACAGAGCAUCUCGUAGACUACCCCCAACCACCCACUUCCUCGCACUUUUUCACCUAAUUAGCCUUACCCGCAACUUAGCCAAGUACCACACAAAGCACCCAGUAACCAGUUAGCCACCAAAAAUAAAUAA